CCCAUCAUUGUCAGUAGAUACUAUAUUUGCCCCCCCCCAACCUUCCCCCAGGUAUCUGCAGCUCCUUGAUGGCAAGGAAAACUACCCCUGUUUGGUUGAUGCAGAGGACGAUGUAAUAUCCUUCCCGCCAAUAACCAACACCGAGAAGACCAAGAUGAGGAAGAGCACAAGAGAGCUGUUGUUAGAGGUGACCAGUGCUAUCAAUCUCCAGACCUGCAAAGAUGUAAUGGAUGCUCUGAUUGUGAAAAUGGCAGAGCUAAACAAGGCUACACUCGAGCUAAAAGAAGAAAUUGUGCCUGAGGAUGUGGAGCCGGAUUUGGUGCACAGUGAGCAGCCCUUGGGGACAGUGUCAGAAGCCAUGAACGACGCCGUCUCAUCUGAGCUAGUGGUGCAGCAAGUUCGGGUUGUGGAUUUGGAGGGAAACCUCAGGGUUGUCUAUCCCUCCAAAACAGACCUCAAUGUCACUGUUAGCAACCUGACUGUCAUUCGAUAGGAGUCGAAAAGACCUUGGGGAAGCGUAUUGUUUUUUAUUUCAAAUUUGUAUCCUAAUUUUUUCGAUUGUCCCAUCAUUCAGCCGUGAGAAACAAAAUGUUUGAGAAUUUGAUGAUAUAGCAAUUUAAUUGGAAUAAAGUCAUCAGUGAAAAGGUG